AUGUGGGGGCUGGCCCACUUGCGCUGGUGUUUGACAGUCUUGCGCACCGGGAUGCCGAGGGCCAACCCAUCUUUGUCCCAAAACUUGGGAGUUCAAUUCUGCAGCCCCCCGGUGGCAGAAGGUUGUGAUACCGCUUCUGGCAGUGGAGACAUCGACUGCCCCACUGGACUGAAACUUGAAUGUGUCAACUUUACCGUCCGCACGAUGCACCUUCCCACCAACGCGUCGAUAUGGUUGCAAGCUGACAUGUACCCUUUGUCGAAACCCAACACCACGUACUCGUUCACGGUGUUCUCGAACGGCGAAACCUUGGACGAAUCCCCCAUCUCGUUGGAGGGCGCGAAGGCGUUCACGACCACGAACGACCCCAACGCUGACGUACGGCUCGGGUACACUUACUAUCCAGGGAAAGAAUGGUGGCCGCGACACUUGCGGGAUGGCCGCAAAGUGCCGUCGCUCCAAGUGUAUACUAGCUAA